ACUUACUAAAAGUAUGGGCCCAUCUGCUAGUGUGCUACCUCUACUUCUGCUACUGCCUAGACUACUUUCUGCUCAGCUCAGCACUGUGUCUGAACUCAAGGACUCUUCCAGCUCGGAGUUCACCCCAACACCUUUUCUGACUGACCCAAAUAUCACAGCAGGAAGAAGCUUGUCCCCUAGCCCCCAAGCCACCAGUCUACCUCCUGUAACAGUGGAGGACCGAUCCGCUGCAGAAAGCUACUUCUACAAUGGCGAUUCGUCCUCCUUGGCUGCCUCUACCUGCACACGAACUUUCCAGCUGCCCGUUCGGCGAGGACCUCCACCUCGAGACUUCUCCCUCCUUUUGCACCAAGCCAUAGCAUCUCUGACCAAUGCUGCCAACUUUCUCAACCUAAUAUUCCAAGCUAGUGAGCUGAGAGAAACCAGUGUACGGGAGGAUAUAGAGUGGUACCAUGCACUAGUCCGGACUAUGCUUGAAGGGGAUCGUCCAGGCUUGGUCAGACGAGCUUUUCUAACAUUUGACGCCGACCCAACAAUCCAACAGCCCAGCUGUGCUCCGUGCUCCAAAGGCACAACCCAAGACAUUCUCCUGCAGGACCUGACAUCUGCCUGGACCAGCUUCCGUCCUCCUGCUCCUGACCAAAGCUGGUUUGAUAUAUUCAAGUCCAGCUCUCCGCCCCUCCAUGCCUUGUCUAAACGGGUUCUUCUAAAUGACCUAAGCACCCUAGACACUCCCAAGUGGGCACGUGGGGACAGUUAUGUGAUUAAUAGCAGUGGGGUUCAGUGGGGUGAAGGUCCUUUCCUUGAGUGUGUUGAUGGCCGUUUUUUGCCAGGGUGGUUACUUAGCCUUUCAAUGCCAUUUUAUGGGUUAAAGCCAGACCUCAGCCCAGAGUUCAGGGGUGUGAUUCGUGUCGACGUCAACAUCCAGGGAUUUAGCGUGGAUCAAUGUGCCACUGGAGAUUUCUGGUUUGCAAACACACACCAGUGUAACCGGACCAGCAUGGAGUGUGAGCCCAUUCCACAACAGGGUUUCCGGAUGGGUCAGUACUGCUGCCGAUGUAAAAAGGGCUACUACAGUCCAAUCUCAGACAUACAGAACAAAAGGAACAACCGUGAGAAUAACACCCGAGCUUGUUACCCAGAAGUCCCUGUGUGUGUGCCCUGCUGGCCCGGCUGUGCUGAAUGUGAGGAUGGAGCCCCAUGUUGGGUGCAGGAGGACUGGCUCCUGAGGACGGCUGUUCUGGCAGUGCAGGGCCUCUUCAUGAUCCUCGUGCUAAUCAGCAUGCUGGUGGCUUAUCAGUGCAGAAAAACCAAGCGGAUCCGAUCAUCGGGGCUUUUGCUGCUGGAGAUGAUCCUGUGUGGCUCUCUGUUGCUUUACUUCCCUGUUUUCAUUCUGUACUUCAAGCCCAGUACUUUCCGCUGCAUUCUCCUCCGCUGGGUUCGUCUGCUCGGCUUCGCCAUUGUUUAUGGAACUGUGGCACUCAAGAUGUACCGUGUGGUUCUGAAGGUGUUCCUGUCACGGACUGCCCAGCGAGUGCCGUACAUCACCACCACCGGAGUGCUAAGGAUGCUGGGAGUGAUAGUGCUCACUGUCAGCUGGUUUCUGUGCGCGUGGACAGUGGGUGUCCUACAAAACAGAGACCGAAACGUCCCACUACUCAUCAUAUCCACUACCUCAGAAGGACAAGGCUUUAAUGUGUGCGAUCUGGACCGAUGGGACUACAUGAUGGCAGUUGCGGAGCUGUUGUUUCUGUGCUGGGGGAGUUUUCUAUGCAGCGCAGUGAAGACAGUACCUUCUGCGUUUCAUGAACCGCGUUACAUGAGCAUCGCCAUCCACAAUGAGCUACUGCUAUCCUCUAUGUUUCAUCUGCUCAGAUUUGCCAGACCAUCAAUUCAUCCUGACUGGAUGCUCUUGCUGUUCUUCACUCACACGCAUGUCACUAUUACUGUAACGCUCGGCCUGCUGUUUGUACCUAAGUUCCUUCAUAUGUCACGGCCAGGCAGAGAAGAAAUAGCUGCAGAGGUAUAUGAGGAUGAGGUGGACUUGCGACGUUCGUGUUCUUACCUCAACAGUAGCUUCACCUCAAACUGCUGGAGUGACCAAAGUUUGGACCCUGAUGACAUUCGGGAUGAGCUGAAGAAACUGUAUUCUCAGCUGGAAGUCCACAAGACCAAGAGGAUGGCAAACAGCAAUCCCCACCUUCCAAAGAAGCGUAGCUCUCGUCUAAGUAUUGGACGAUCUCUUAUAAAACGUAUCUCUGAGAUCCCAGAAAGUUUGAGCAGACAAUGUAGCCGUGAAGACAAGGAUAUCAGUGCUGCAAUAGGAACUAUAACGCGAUCGGGAUCUUAUUACAAAUGUCAUCAAACCACAAGUAUUAACACUAUGAAUGAAACUUUAAUGCAGCCUUCUCCAAAGCUGCGAAAGUCCCAUAGUGCCUAUGAUUGUACCCCAGAAAAGGAAGCCUCUCUAUUAAACUCCUCCAUAAAGAGAUCAACAGAAAAGAGGGCCUCACAGCAUUCUGAUGCAGGAUCUAUCAAUACAACACUGCUGAUCUGCAAGUCUGCUAGUGCCCACAAUCUAUCGCUAGAUACUAACCUUUUACUUCCUGAGCCCACCAGGUUUCAAAAGUCACUGAGCGUAAUAGAACGCAAUGACCAUCGCUCUGUGACACCUUGUAGAAGCAUUGAAAAUGUGUCAAUUGCGAUCAAACCUACCCCAGCAGAAAAGCCACCCAAGCUGACUGUGGAUGUUGACAUAAAGAGGCAGACUUCUAGUGCCUUGCUGUCAGAGUCCUUUGACAAGGCAGAGGUUUGCCCAUGGGAGGUUCCAGAUGAGCUCCCUGCAAACAAAAAUCUAAAACAUGUCACAUAUUCCAUCUCAACACAAGAAGAACCAAAAUCGCCUGGUGCUCUCUCAUCACCAACAUUGUUAUAUGUUUGUCCGUGGGAAUACCUGCCACCUCCAUCUCCCCCUGCAAUUGAAACUGGGAAUGGUAUUCAGUCAGAGGUUGAUUCCAUAAAACCCAAACCUCCAAUAUCUUGUAGUGCUCCUGGGUCACCACAUGCAGUUUCUGGCAAGCCAAAAGAAUUUCGGGUUUUCUCCUUCCGCUCCACUACACAAAAUCUCCUUGCAGCAAAGGGUGUUGGGGAACUUGCAAGAAGCAUGAGCAGAGAGAAAAGCCUACAAGAAAGUAACAUUAAGGAGGGGGGAACACUACAAAAAUCCCAGUCUACAUCCAUGAGAUUAUCUCCAGGCAGUGCAGCUUCAGACAAACGUACCCCUCAGACACAAAGACGAGCUAUGACUACUAUAGGAACAAAACCUUCUCUUGUGAAACAAACAGCUGUACGGCUGCCAUCUAAUGAUUCUCCUGAAAGAAGCCCCAAGCAUACUGCUCCAGUUCACGUCUGCCCAUGGGAGUCAGAGGAGGUGAUCAUGGAGGUCAAAAAGCAGAAUGAUAUAGCAUUACAAAGACAACUAAGUGACAAGAAAGGAUUGACUGUUACAGCAAGUAACGAUGGUUUCAAGCCAUCUGAGCUACAACUUAAGUCAUUAUUAGUUGUUCCUAAUACAGAAGUGUGUCCAUGGGAUGUCCCAAAACCUUUUCAUCAAAGUAGCAUUUCUGAAGUCUGUCCUUGGGAGGUUGUGGAAGUUGAGCAAUUACAAACCAAAAACAUGCAUACUGAUGUCUGUCCUUGGGAAACAGACUGUGACCCAUCAAGGGUUCCUGAAGACAAAAUAUGCAAUACCACUGUUGAAGUACCUACGUCUGGAGACACACAGAAGCAGGUAAAAGUAAAGCCUGGAACAUCCUCUUCUGAUAUACCAGAUACAAAUAUACCCAAGGUCAAACAGGGAUCUAUAAAAAUGUCCAAUGAGACAAAGCCUGGUGAAAGGGUUAUUUAUGUUAAUACCAGACAAUGUCAAUUGGAACAAGAAUCAGCUCAGAAAAGAGGUUUUAUGGAAACAAGUAAUACACUGAAGCAUGAAGAAAGUGAUUUUCCUGAACCACCUCCACCUGUAACUGAUGUAUGUCCUUGGGAUUUAGAGCCAAAUACAAAAGACAAUACAAAAACCUCUUUAAAAGAGACAAUGACUAAGAAAGGAACUGUUUGUCCGUGGGAGGCAGAGGAUUCUGAGAAGUCAGAAGAGAGGGAAGGUGCUACAAGCAAGGGGUCAGCAAAAGUAGAUCAAAAACAAGAAAGUGUAUAUGCAAAUGUCUGUCCAUGGGAAACAAGCGAGUCUGUUAAGACCAUACAGAAACAAGAUAGUAUCAGUAGAAAUGUCUGUCCAUGGGAGAUGGAAGAACCAGUAAAGACCUUGCAGAAACAAGAAAGUGUCCGUGCAAAUGUCUGUCCAUGGGAGACAGAAGAGCCAAUCAAGACCUUACAGAAACAAGAUAGUGUCCGUACAGAUGUUUGUCCAUGGGAGACAGAAGAGCCAGUCAAGACCUUGCAGAAACAGGAUAGCGUCCGUACAGAUGUAUGUCCAUGGGAGACAGAAGAGCCGGUCAAGACCUUGCAGAAACAAGAUAGUGUCCGUACAGAUGUUUGUCCAUGGGAGACAGAAGAGCCAGUAAAAACCUUGCAGAAGCAAGACAGUGUCCGUACAAAUGUCUGUCCUUGGGAGACAGAAGAGCCAGCCAAGACCUUGCAGAAACAAGAUAGUGUCCGUACAAAUGUAUGUCCAUGGGAGACAGAAGAGCCAGUCAAGACCUUGCAGAAACAAGAAAGUGUCCAUGCAGAAGUUUGUCCAUGGGAGACAGAAGGGCCUGUAAAGGCCUUGCAGAAACAAGACAGUGUUCUUACAGAUGUUUGUCCAUGGGAGACAAACGAGCCAGUGAAGACCUUGCAGAAGCAAGAGCGUGUCUAUUCAGAUGUCUGUCCAUGGGAAACAAAUACAUCAGCGAUUCAAUCGGCGACACAAGACUCCCCUCGUACUGUCCCAACAAAAAGUCAAGAAAGUGCUCAAGAAUCUGUCUGUCCCUGGGAAACUAACAUGGGAACACCAGCAAUAACAGAAGCCAGCACAAGUCAAACUGUCGCAGACAUAAUCAGAACACACCCUUCAGACACACAGACUGCAGAAGAGUUACGGGUUAACCCUCCUCUAGCUAGACGUGAUGCAUUGUGCCCCUGGGAAAUGGAAGGGGUCAGACAAGAAUCUAUAACCAUGCAUGAUAAUUUAGAUGUCUUCACUUGGGAGGAGACAAUCCCAGAGGAAGAUGAUGGUGAUGCAGAAACUGCUGCAGAGGCCUUCAUCUUCCCUCCAGACCUGUAACCCAUAAGGGAAGUAUCAUUGUGCUUUAUGUACCUUGGAAGACAUUGUAACAAAAUGGACCAAUGGUUACAUUCGGGCUUUAUGCAGAAUGUUCCUCCACUGCAGUAAGCAUGCUUUACUGACUGUUAUUUAAGGAAGGAUUCCUGCUAUUGCAAUUUUCUCCCUAGUCAGCUUAAUAAAUUGUAUCUGGAGAUUGACUGAUAUCAGGACAGAACUGCUCUCCUGUGCACAUUCCCUUCUGGCCUUACAUUACUACAAACCCUAUUUAUUUUGGUAUUGUUAUGUGUGUAUUUGUGUUUGUGUGGCUGUGUAGAUUAUAUUGUCUGUAAAACCUACAUCACCAACAUUUCCUUUGGGGAACAUUAAGAAGGUUUAUUUUCAGUUAAAAAACACCAUUACACCAAUAUUAACAGUUAACUAAGUGAAGAGAAAAACUGGCCAUGGGUGCGCUUCCCAAACAACGACAUAACUUGCGACAAGUACCACAGUAUGAUGCAUAAUUUGGGGAAAAAACAAUGUUGUGACGAGUGUUAUAACAUCAGUUAUAACGUAAACCAUCCAUAAUGAUGCUCU